AUGAAUAAAUAUUAUCAUGAUAACAAUAUGCAGUGUAAAGAGAUAUUCAAGUGUGUUUAUGAAAGUGAGGAAUUGUUGAAUGUAAGUUUUAGAAGUGGUAAUGGGUAUGACAGUAGUGCAAGUAGUGAUGUAAGUAGUGAUGAGGGAGGUAAAGAGAUAUUCAAGUGUGUUUAUGAAAGUGAGGAAUUGUUGAAUGUAAGUUUUAGAAGUGGUAAUGGGUAUGACAGUAGUGCAAGUAGUGAUAUCAGAACAAGUCUUGAAGAACAUGUUAGGCAACUUCAUCAUGGUAAGAAUACCGAUGAAAAUAAGAUUGUCUUGGAAGAAUAUCAAGACAGCAAAAUACGCAUAGAAAUAACUAGUGAACUUGACAAUGCCUUUAAGUUGUAA